GGUCUUUUAACACCAGUCACAUUUGUUUACGUUCAUUCAUUAUUUGUAAAUUAAGCAUUGAGACAAAAAACAAGUUUGCGACCACACGUGAGUCAGGUUUUGUCAUUUUGGCAGUGUUUUGCGUAAGUUCAAGUUUUCAAGAUUAUGUUUUUGUCUAUUGCCAUCGCCCUAACAUGUAUACAGGCAUGCAUCACUGGCAAUGCGGUACCUCAAGAGAUAUCGCGUCUCAACUUCUUCGAUACAGACCUCUUGCGGUAUGCAGCGGAAGACAGACGAGGCAAUGUCAUGGUGUCUCCAGCCAGUAUAAAGUCAACGCUGGCUAUGAUAUUGGAAUCAGCCGCCGGCGAUACAGAAGCUGAAAUCAGGAGUGCUUUAAGACUGUCGCCUUAUAAAGAUGAACUUAGAGAGCAGUUGAAUUUGUAUUUAGCGUCACUUAACGCAAACACACCAGGGGUAAAGCUACAAAAUUCAAAUUCCAUUUUUGUAUCAAGAAGACUAAAACUGAGAAAGGAGUUUGAGCAGAUAGUCAGAAACGCGUACUACGCGGACGUUUGUCCCGUGGACUUCAGUAAUACUCAGACAGCUGUGGAGACUGUCAACAAAUGGGUGAACCAACAUACUAAUGGACUCAUACCACGAAUUGUCGAAGCAUCGGACAUCAACCCCAUUUCGGAUGCCCUGAUCUCAAACGCUCUGUACUUCAAGGGUCUGUGGCGGCAUGCGUUCAACCCCAAGUACACCAGAGCUGGAUGCUUCCACGUCGACAACAGCUGCCAGAACUCAGUCAUGAUGGAACUGCACGAAGACUUGAACUACGGCUUUGUUGACAACCUCAGGGCGCAUGCUAUUGAAUUGCCAUAUGAGGGUGGUCGUUAUUCAAUGAUUCUUCUAGUUCCACUUGACAAAGGAAACCUGAACACCUUAAUCCGAGAUCUGCCAUACAUGAGUCUGCCACAGAUAUCUGAACUGAUGGAACCAAGUAAUGUCCGCCUCUUCAUGCCGAAGUUCACUGUCGACUACAGCGAGAGUAUGGUCGGACCUUUACGGAACUUAAGUGGAGUGAUCUAUAACAUGAAGCCGUUACUUCUAGUACUGGUUCUGGCAGUUGGGCUAUCAAACGCACGAUGGAUGAGAAAACAACGAUCCAAUCAACCCAAGGACACUCGCUUUAUUGGAGAAGCUACAAACGAACUGUCCACAACAAUUUUACAGGGUUAUAUUGACGAUGACAAGGAUAUCGCAUUCUCGCCCCUCGGGUACACAACAAUUCUUGCAAUUCUUGCUGAGGGUGCAAAAGGGGAAACAAGAAAUCAACUCAUAUCAGCGCUUCAUUUACCAGAAGACCAAAACCUUAUAAGAAAAACUUAUCGUUACAUUUUGGAACGGUUGAAAUUUAGAAAUGAGUACAAAUAUAACCAACCAGAGUUGAAAAACUUCUUCUAUAUUUAUAAAAACUAUACUAUCAAUGAGGACUAUAAGAAGAUAUUAGAAGAUUUCUAUUUGACUGAUGUCCGAUCAGUUGAAAGGUAUCACAUGUUAGAAGACAAUGAAGGCGAGAAAGAUAAAAAAGAUGAAGAGAAGGUUGAUACGGUGCCUGAUCUUAUGCCAUCCAAAGAUUCCGAUGAAAAAUUAAUAUCCUAUGCCGUUGAAGAUGUCCCAACCAAAGUAGAUAUUUCCCAUAUUCAUAACAAACCUGCUAAAAACAUUAAAGAAAAAAUUAAAUAUGCUAAAAACUCGCACGAUACAAAGUAUGAAACUGAUGAUGACGAAGAAACGAUGGUAGCGGUAGAAGCUAGAAACCACGGGAGAAGUUCAGAGUACAGAGUUCUUAAUGAGAAAAAUGAUAUUGCUUCAAGUAUCUCUGUAAAUAGUGUUGGAGGGAAAUCUAGCAAAUCAUCCAAUUCUCUAAUGCUCAUAUUCAAUGGAAUGUAUUUCCGCGGCUCAUGGAAGAAGCCUUUCGACAAGGUCGAGUCCGGUGUGUUCUACAAGUCCAACACUGAGAAGAAGCAAGUGCAAAUAAUGAAGACUCGUGGUAGUUUCAAAACCAACUCAUUCCCUGAAUUAGAUAGUGAAGCUAUUCUAUUGCCGUAUGAUGGUGAUCGCUACGCUCUUCUAUUGCUGGUGCCACGAACGCGCGAUGGCUUGAUCAGGCUUAUUGCUGACCUGCCCGCUGUUUCACUGGCGGACAUUCAGGAAAGGCUGCAUGAAGAGGAAUUGAAGGUGUCCUUGCCUACGUUCACUGUGGAAACCACUACUAAACCUGUUGCUGCGUUGGCUAAGUUUGGAGUGAGUAGCAUCUUCGGCAGGGAUGCUGAGCUGACCGGCAUAUCAGCGAAGGAAGGACUAUUCGUGCAAGAGCUCGUACAGAAUGUUGCAGUAAGAGUGGACAACACUGAUGCUUCAGCGAGCUCCAUUACUGCCAGUAACGCAGGGGCGGAGUUAGAAGCCUUGGAGUCAUUGAAAAAUCUACCUCUUUACGAAGUGAAGGAACCACGCCGCUUCUGUGUCGAGCAUCCAUUCGUGUUCUACAUCAUCGACCGCUUGGACAAACUCGUGGUAGUCGCGGGCAAGGUCAAUGACCCCCAAGCACCAUCAGCUGAUAAACUAAAACUCUAGUAAAACGGAAAUCUUAAUACUUUGUGUCUCAGAAUCUUGUACUAUUUUAUUUAUGACGAAGCCUAGUAAAUAGUCUAACAAAUUAGUAGAGGAGCCCAUGUUGAUAAAUCGGGAUUUACUCGAUCGUUGCUGGGUCCGUCCUCUACAUUUAGAAGAUAACCUACAUACUUUGUAUGUCAGAAUCUUAUACUAUUUUAUCUAUGACGAGGCCCAGUAAAUAGUUUACAAAUUGUUAGAGGAGCCCAUGUUACUAAAUCAGGAUUUACUCGAUCGUCGCUGGGUCCGUCCUCUACAUUUAGAAGAUUAGAUGAUAGGAAGAGCUAACCCCGGUGAUGCCGCUGAGGUCCCAUAAGGAGCCUACGGCACUUACACAAUCAGAAAAAAAAAUGACAGGAAGAACCUUUAUACCUUUGGUAACACAUUUGGUACAUUAUGAUAGAAAGAAUAAGAUUUGUGAAUGGCGAGGAAAGUGUCUACAAACUACAAAGACAAAUUUUUAUUACUUAGACUUGCGGAAAUCGGAAGAUUACCUAUUUAUUAUUUUGUGAUUAUUUCUUACAAAAUAAAAAAAAAACAUGCAAGGUAUCCUUCUAAUAGGUAUCAGUUCAUGCCGCACUCGAGUAAAUCCUAAAAUCACAUCUUUGGCUCCCCGAUUACAAACACAGAGAUAUUUCAGCGUUGAUUAUUAACAGAGGGCCUAGUGGCAGUUGCAUACUGUUACUAUCGCGUUAACGUAAACGCAAAUUUAUAUGGAAUUGAAACAGCGCCAUCUAUUGGUUCUACUGCACAACUGUUUCAAUUCCAUAUAAAUUCACGUUUACGUUAACGCGAUGGUAACAGUAUGAAAAUAUUGAAAACUCCCACUAGGCACACUGAUCUACACAUACUUAUACAUAACUAAUUAUAUGACUAGAUGAUAAAAAAAUUUGUACGAAAAUAGGUUUUCUAUUAACUUGGUUUCUACAAAAUUAAAAUCCUUAUGCUGGGUUAACAGAUAUAGGUGAACCCAACAAAACCAGAUGCAUUUGAUAAUGAAAAAGUACACAGCGUAGAAUAAUUUAGUUAUUAAGUUUAUUUAUUAUGUUAACAUAUUGUGAUAUUUGUAAGAAUAAAA